CUAGCAAGUGGACAGCGCUAAAUAAAAACAUGUUUGCUUUUCUAGUUGUCCGAAAAUUCUGUAAUAACAUUAUAUAGUCAAAAUCUAAAUUAUGUGUUCCGCAUGGAGAGUAAAAAUGUGUUCCGCGUUAUUUAUUUCCGCUAAAUAAUUGAAAUGGCGAGUUUAUGGAUCUGAUGUAUUUAGUGGGCCACAUUCUGACAUAUUAUAAACAAAUCUUUGAUGUGACAAAUAUACAUACACACAGCUUUAAAUGUUUGUUAAACCAUUUGGCUAGCAUAAUAAGGCUCCGAUACCGAUAACGAUAUACACACCAAUACAUAGCACGCAUCUCUAAACGAAACUAAUUCGGCGACAAUUUUUUUUUAGUUGAAAGGAAUUAACACAAAAAAUUAAAUCAGUGCAGUGCUCACACAUAUCCCGCGUGCAACGGGACGCCAAAAAACUAGAAAAGAUACUGUUCGAGGUGGGAUAAUCAAACUCGUGUGGGGCACGAUGAGUGUGUUGGCAUAUCCACGUAAAAAUGAUGAGGAAAUAUUUCGUCAAUGCACAAAGGAUUGUGGCGUUGUGACGGCCACCGAGGACUUUCAAUCGUUCGCCUUGUGCUGCAUUUUCUGCAGCGAAAAGUUUCUCUACUUCGAUGCAUUCAUUGGCCACAUGCAAACAGUGCACAUGGAGGACGCGCAGCGCACGAUGGAGGGCUCUGGUUCCGCCACGGGAGCCAACAUGUCCUACCCCAUGAGCCAGCCCAUGGCGCUGGGCGUAGCCGAUGACGAUGAUGAGGAUGUGCAGCACGACUACGCCAACAAUGGCAUGCACCAAUUUGAUGAGAUCGAAGACUUGACCGACGCAGACACUGCCCUGCUGGAGCCCCAAAUGGUAAUCAAACAGGAGCUGCAAGAGCUGGACAGCAGCAACGAAGACGACGCCGAAGACAUCGACGACGAGGAGGAAGACCCCAACAACCUCCCAGUGCCCGAUGAUAAUGAUAACGACGAUGUCGACGAUGAGAGCGAAGCAAUACUGCCCGAAAACGAUGUGCCGACACCAAGCGCCAGACCUCGGAUAAAGCUGAGAGGACCACCGCCACACCCAGCCCGGCACAUGGUCUCCAGAAUACAUGUCAAAAGCGAGCCCCUGCCCAACGAGGGCGAUGAGUCCAUGGAUGAGUACGGCGAAAACGAGGGCGAGAGCUAUGCGGACGACAAUUCCGGCGAGUAUCAGGACUACAGCAGCAGCAGCUACAAUGCGCAAGGCACCAAUCCUCUGGCUGGUGAAUCUGAUUUCCUUAGCUACGACGAAAUGGUUGAGGAGUCUCUAAUUGGCCGGGAUCGUGAGCUGACCAUGCACAUCAAGGAUCGCAAGAUGAUACAAUUCCUGAUACACUCGUACAAGCGAAAUCCAUUCCUUUGGGAUCACAGUCACGCCCAGUUCCGGGAUCGUGUGAAGCGUGCCCGCUUCCUGGACUGGAUUGUGCUCGAGUUCAAGAACCGCUUCAACAUCUCCCUGGCCAAGGAUGCCAUCACACGCAAAUGGGACAAUUUGCGCACCGUCUACAAGCGGGAAUGCAAUCGCAUGGCACUCGAAAAGACAAAUAUCAGCACGCUGUGGUACUUCAAGGAACUCCAUUUCCUGAACGAGGUCUACAGCUAUAACUCGAAAAUGUCCGAUGCCGUUGUGAAGGAAACGUCAUACAGACGUCGCUUCUCGGCCAUUUGGAAUGAUACGUCGACAGCGAAGCUGUUGGUGAUGGUGAAGCGUUAUCAGUGCUUUUACAAUCGGUUCGACCCGGACUAUCGGAGCAAGGAGCGCCGGGGCGAGGGCCUGCAGCAGAUGGCAAUGGAACUGCAGCAGCUGAUCGAUGUGACCACCAUACAGAUAUCAAAGCGAAUCUCGCAGCUGCGCUUCGACUACUCCAAGCAGAAGAGCGAACGUCUGAAUGCGGAGCGAAUGGGUCGUAAAUUCAUACCGAAUUAUAUCUACUACGAUCAGAUGAGCUUCAUGGACGAUGACAUACCGCCAUUCAAGUGCCAGCAUUGCGGCGAAAUUGUGCAAACGCUACGGGAACUGGAUCUCCACAUGCUCAGCCAUCAGCCGAGUUUGGGCGGCGGCUACUACUGCAACGUGUGCAACAUUCAGUUCAACAAUGCGGACGAGUUCGAGAAUCACAAGCAAUUGCAUCUGGGCGCCGGCCACGAGGUCAAAUAUAACUGCGAACUAUGCACGGCCAGCUUUCGGGAGAAGUCCAACUAUGACGAGCAUUUGCGUCGCCACAACGAUGAGCUCUUCCUGCCAACAUUGGCUCUGAACCACAGCAUCCUGGACAGCGCCAGUGGGGACGUCGACGGAGCUGGCGGCGAUGGGACCACCAUUGUGGGUGCCGGCGAGGAGGAGGAUAUGUUUCCGCCGGACGGCCCGAAGCCGUUCGCCUGUGAGGUAUGCCAUCGCACGUUCGCCUCGCCCGGCCAUCUCAACGCGCAUCGCAUUGUGCAUCAGGAUGAGCGCGAGCGAUGCUACAAGUGCGACUAUCCGCAGUGCAGCAAAUCGUUUGUGUCCCGCCACAGUCUGUUCGACCAUCUGAAGCAGCACUACAGCAACGAGGAGUUCAAGUGCGACAUCUGCGGCAAGAUCUUCAAGUCCACCAAGAAUCUGCAGAACCACAAGCAGAUCCACGACAAAGUCAAGCGCUACGUCUGCCAGAUAUGCGGCUCGGCAUUCGCCCAGGCUGCUGGCCUCUACCUGCACAAGCGACGUCACAAUCGUCCCAACGGCACCACCGGCGCCGUUGGCGGUCGAUCCAGCCGCACCACGCUGUGAGCGAUCCGUUCCAGACCCAAGCGGUUAUCCUGAUAUGUGCUUUGCCUCAGAUAAAGCACAAGCACGCACACAUAUACACACACGCAUACAUACAAAUUAUUUCUAAAUUAUUGCAAUGUCCUCCAAUGCCAAUGUUUGGCAGCUAUUUUAAACGCGUUUUUUUUUCUUUUGAAUAAUGUAUUAAAUUAAUUUUAGGUUUUUUUUUAUGAUUGUAGAAAAACGAUUGCUUUUAAUAAUUGUAUUAAUUAUUAGUUUCAGUAAUUAUUUAGUGCCCCCUUUUCCCCUUAGCAACUUUUUGGCGCUUCCUCUGAACGAAGCGCUGUUCACAAUUGUACUUAAAACUAAACAAGUAUUUGCAAAUUGUCCGCAACUAAGCCAAGAACUUUAAUACAUCUAAGACAUAUACUAUAUAUACAUAGACAUAUAUAUAUACAAACAUACAUACAUAUAUUUAGAGAUCUGCCGUCUUGCUCGCACGGCAGCCGAAAUGCUCAUUUUGGUGGGAAUGUCAAUGUCGGUGAAUCGAAUGCGAUUUCUGAACAUUUUUUAAUUAUUUUGUAUCUGCUUAAAAGACAAUUCCAGCAAAAUGUGAAUAAAUAUGGUGACUUUAGAUCUUCGACGAGGCAACGAGGCGAACACAUUCCACACUAGUUAAAUGAUUAAUAAGUGUCAAAAAAACAAAAACAAAACAAAACAAAAAAAAACAGCAACAAGAGAAAACAAAAAACAAGUAUUUCUUAAAGUAUUCUAUGUACAAUUAAGUAUGCAUAUAAUCUAUAUAUUUAUUUUUAAUGCGCGUGCGAGUUCAUAAAAUCAAAAUGAGAACAAGAAAAUGCAAAAACAAUAAAAUCUGUAUUAACUGCAGUUGCGCAAGUGCAGGGCCAUUUAAAUGAAGCAACAAUUUAACAAACAAAAUAAAGAAAACAAUUCAUACAAGUUUAAAAACAAAAAACGAAAAAAAAAAAUUGAAUAAUGAAAAAAAAAGCAACAGCAACAAUAACAAAAACAGUUACUAAGCUCAGCACUAUUGCAUUAACAUAAUUCUAUUGAUAAUAAUAACAAUACAUCAAACUAGUUUUAGUUAACAAACAUAAACGACUGAAUCUGAAAAAUACAUUUACAUACACAUAAUUAUAUACAUACGUUUACAUACAUAUAGAGAUGUAAAAACGAAAAUAAGUAAAAUGUUGAGAGCCCACUACGGCUAGCCGUAGCUUCUAUAAAUCAUAUAUUUGCACAUUAUAUACACACACACACAAUUUAUAUAGAAUUAAUUUCGAAUGCAGCUAUUUAUGUAUACAUUAUAAACAUGAAUUUGUUUACCAGCCAAAACGUUUGUGUACCUAUCUGUAAACCCAAAUCAUUUAACAUAUUUAUUUAUCAUUUAUAGCGUGCAAUCCUCUGGCGGCCGUCUGGCUGCUUCAUCUCUGUUCAGGGACUUCUUUUUCUGAUCUAUGAGCGGAAGAAGAAGAAGAAAAACUUCAUCACUCACGCGCACAUGCAUCUAUCUGUUUACAUACGUUACAUACAUUUGGCAUAAUAGCUCGUUAUCGUCGUUGUAUAUAGUUUGAGAUGUGCAUUUAUGAACUGCUUGCCGCGAAUGCCUCGACGUUGCUGUUAUCGAUAAGCGACUGCAAUCGAUUGCAUGCGCCAAAUCAAAAACGAUCAAUGCAAAAACUGCAAUAACACACACACAUACACAUAACAAACACAUGCACAUACAAGCAUAUUAACAUAACAAAUAUA